AUGCCCCCAAAGCGCCGGCGCGCCGUCAUCGAUCUGACUCAAGAUGAUGAUCCCGGUCACCAAAAUGGAGGCCCAGGCGGGGCGAAGCGGCAGGCUCGUUCAUUUCCCCCGCAGUCGCAAUACCCCACAAGCAGCGCUUCUGGAUUCCAUCUCCCUGUAUUCAAUUCCACGGUGCCAUCGUCGUCGUUUUCCUCCACAAUCCCAUCAUCCCAAGUUGAUCAAGACCCUGAUGUAUUGGAUCUGACCCAAGAAGACGACGGGCCUCCAAGAGAACUAUACAAUACAUUGGACGCAAAGAUAGUGGGGGUCAGAUACUACAAUGGGUUUGCGUCAGCCGGGGAGGUCGUGCUCUGCCGGAGAGAGCCAACCAACGCGCACGAUCCCAACGCAAUACGGGUUGAGAAUGUACUCGGCCAACAAAUCGGCCAUCUGCCGCGGAACGUUGUACAGAAAUUGGCGCCCUUUAUUGAUCGAGGCGACUUGACCGUGGAAGCGCAAUUGACGGGAGAAAAGCAGUUUUAUGACUGCCCUGUUAUGCUUUCCUUCUAUGGCCCGAGCAAUCCAACGGAGCGUUCUCGAAUCGAAGGAUUGCUCAAGCGCGAGAAGCUCGCCAAAGCCACACAGCUUAAGAAUUCUAGGAAGGAAGCAGAGCAGCGGCGGGCGACUUUGGAGCUCAAAGGCGGAACCACUUAUGGCCUCGACGAUGGAACUGCGAAGCAAGAUGACUCGGAAAUAUCCUUGGAUCAACUCUUGCAAAAGAGUGAGAAUGUGGAGUUCAGGAAAGCCGGAGAUAUGAUCAAAUCUAUCGCUCUGAGUGAGGAGCAACUGGCAGCGAUGCCGCAGGCCGACCAGCCAUCCCAACUGAAGGCUACCCUCUUGCCUUAUCAACGCCAGGCUCUUGCCUGGCUACAUGCCAAGGAAAACCCCUCCCAGCCUGAGGCUGCAUCUCAAAAUGUUGUUCAACUAUGGAAAAGGCAUGCUAAUCGUCCGUACUGGUACAACGUGGCGACAACGUUUGUUACAAAAACACCUCCAGAUCUGAUGUCAGGAGGAAUUCUAGCGGAUGACAUGGGGCUGGGAAAGACUUUGGAAAUCAUCAGUCUAAUUGUUACUGGUGGGCCGGGGACUACCCUGAUUGUUGCCCCAGUCAGUGUCAUGAGUAAUUGGGAGCAACAGAUUCGUCGACAUGUCCUGCCCGAUAAAUGGCCAAGUGUACUAGUGUACCAUGGCAAAGAGAGGAUGACACCACGGACUUUCGAGAAGUACGACGUGGUCAUCACAUCCUAUGGACGUCUAUCAAAAGACAAGGCCCUGUACGACCCGACUUUUGAAUGGAGGCGAGUCGUGCUUGACGAAGGCCAUACGAUACGAAACUCCAAGACCCUGGUUGCCACGUCGGCUUGCUAUGUGAGGGCGAAAUCUCGAUGGGUUUUGACUGGAACCCCAAUCGUAAACUCAGUCAAAGACUUGCAUUCUUUGGUCAAGUUUCUGCGUAUCACUGGUGGCAUCGAGAAGGCGGAGAUUUUCAACACAGUUAUCAGCCGAAAACUUGGCUCAAACGACCAAAGUGGAGAGAUGAUUCUUCAAAAUCUCAUGCAAGAUAUUUGCCUGAGGCGUAAGAAGGAUAUGAAGUUCGUUGAUAUCAAGCUUCCCGAGAAGAAAGAGUUUGUGCAUAGGAUCACGUUUCAUUCGGAGGAAAAGCGGAGAUACGAUGCUCUUCUAGCGGAAGCCAGAGGAGCUCUGGCAGAAUUUCAGUCGAGAUCUGCUUCUCAAAACACAAAAUUUCAUAAUGUCCUUGAACGUCUGCUUCGCCUGAGACAAGUUUGUAACCAUUGGACCCUAUGUAAAGAGCGCGUCGAAGACCUCAUGAAGUUCUUUGAUAAUGAUGAGGUUGUGGUUCUCAACGACAAGAACAGAGCUCUUCUUCAAGCAGCCCUGAAACUCUACAUGGAGAGCCAGCAAGAGUGCGCCAUCUGUUUCGAGGUUCCCGCCACCCCUGUCAUCACGCACUGCAAACACGUCUUCUGCCGCGACUGUAUUAUGAAGGCCAUCCGACUUCAACACAAGUGUCCUCUAUGCCGCAACGCCCUGGAUGAAGAAAGUCUAUUGGAGCCAGCGCCGGAAGAGAGUAACGAGCAGACCCUCGACAUUGACAUUGAAACUCAAAGUUCAAAGACGGAAUCGCUCGUUCAGAUUAUCCGAGCUACUCUAAAAAACCCUGGGUCCAAGGUCAUCGUUUUCUCACAGUGGACGUCUUUCCUGAACAUUGUUCAGAAACGGCUGACCACCCUCGGGUACAAGUAUGCAAGGGUGGACGGUAGUAUGACCCCCGCUAAGCGCGACAAAGCUAUCCAUUCCUUGGACAAUGUCGAUAGUACACGCAUCAUGCUAGCAAGCCUUGCAGUUUGCAGCGUCGGUCUCAAUCUCGUAUCGGCAGAUACGGUCAUAUUGUGCGAUAGCUGGUGGGCGCCAGCCGUCGAAGAUCAGGCCGUAGAUCGUGUCCAUCGCCUGGGACAGACACGCGAGACCAAAGUUUGGCGACUUGUCAUGGAAGGCAGCAUUGAAGAGCGCGUGCUAGACAUUCAGCGGGAGAAACGUCAGCUCGUGAGUAAGGCGUUCCAGGAGAGCGGAGGCAAGAAGAAGAACAAGGAACAAGUCACUCGGAUGGCUGAUGUUGUAAAGCUUCUUUCAUAA